AUGCGAAAUCGCAGAAGCGAGAUCGCUCCAAAUGAUUCCUCAUCAGACGACGAGAUGGGCCCGCAGCUCCCUUCCGUGGCCGUCCCCAAGAAGAAGCGCCGUGUCCUGCCCUACGAGAAGCUGUACGUGUCAGCGCUGCCCAAGUCGACCCGGUACUUCAAGUCGCUCAUGCACAAGGAGCAGCUCUCCUUUGUGACUAUGACACCAUGCGGCACCGACUUUCUGAUCACGACGUCUGCGGACGGCGUCGCCAAGUUCUGGAAGAAGGUUGCCGAGGGCAUCGAGUUCGUCAAAGAGUUCCACGCUCACCAGGGCGAAAUUCGUUCCGUGUCGGUCAGCGCGGACGGCCGGAGCUUUGCGACGGCUGGUGUGGACAAGACGGUCAAGAUUUUUGAUGUGGUUACCUUUGAUCUGUUGGCCAUGCUGCCUCUGGACUAUACACCACGGAGUAUCUGCUGGGUGCACAAGAAGGGGGCGAGCCUGCCACUGCUUGCAGUCUCGGACGAAGGCAAGCCUGUGGUGCAUGUAUAUGAUGGCAGAGGGGAGAAGCAGGAGCCGGUUCAUACAAUCAAGGGACUACAUAGGAGCCCGAUCCACCUUAUGGCGUUCAAUGAUGCAUACGACUGUGUCGUCUCGACGGACGAGGGCGGCAUGGUCGAGUAUUGGAGUCCCGGCGCGAACUAUGAGAAGCCAGACAACGUCUUCCAGUUCAAGAGCUCGACGAAUCUCUUUGAAUUCAAGAAGGCAAAGUCGGUGCCGACGUCUCUCGCCAUAUCGCCCUCGGGACACCAGUUUGUCACAAUGUCGACACCGGAUCGCAAGAUCAGGGUCUUCGAAUUCGCGACGGGCAAGCUACACAGGACGUAUGAUGAGUCCAUGCAGGUCAUUGAGGAGAUGCAGCAGGCCGGGACGGCCCUGCAGAAGCUGGACCCGGUUGAAUUCGGACGGCGGCUCGCUAUUGAGCGGGAGGUGGAAUCCACAACGCUCCGGAACAAGGCCAACGUGAUUUUCGACGAGUCUGGCCAUUUCAUCAUCUACGGCUCCAUCACAGGCAUCAAGGUGCUGAACACGUACACCAACCAGGUUGUCAAGGUGUUUGGAAAGGAUGAGCCAUUCCGAGCUCUCAACCUGGCCAUCUACCAGGGCGCACCGCAGAAGAAGGGUGUCACGACCGUCGAAAUGGCCGCCUCGAGCAAUCCUCUGCUGGAGGAGUCAGAAGCGAGGGAUCCAAUACUUUUCGCAACAGGCGUAGGAAAGGUCCGGUUCUACAUGUUUACCAACGAGCAGGACAUAUCAAAGUCUUCGCGGGACAUACAAAACGAGAGAUUGACGCAGGAAAGCAAAAAGGCCAAGGUCGUGAAGGAGGAGAAGGCAGAGACGGGCACUGCAGCUGUGAUACACACCACGUAUGGCGAUAUUCACAUCCGGCUGUUCUCGGACGCUGCGCCGAAAGCCGUGGAGAACUUUGUGACGCAUUCGAAGCGGGGGUACUAUAACAACACGAUAUUCCACCGUGUGAUUCAGAAGUUCAUGAUUCAGUGUGGUGAUCCGCUGGGGGACGGGACAGGUGGUGAGAGUAUCUGGGGCAGGGAGUUUGAGGACGAGUUCAGCACCUUGAGGCAUGACAAGCCAUACACAGUCAGCAUGGCGAAUGCGGGGCCAAACACGAACGGGAGCCAGUUCUUCAUCACCACAGAGAAGACGCCUUGGUUGGACAAUAAGCAUACCAUAUUUGGUCGUGCCUUUCAGGGUCUGGAUGUGAUACAUAGAAUUGAGAAUGCUCGGACCCAUAAGGAGCGGCCGGAGGAGGACAUCAAGAUCCUCAACAUUGACAUUAUGUAG